AUGAGCUAUCAGUAAAUAAUUAUUUAACUGGGAGAGCUAAUCCUACAGAAUUUACUGGAUCAAUCAUAAUAAGAUCUUACAGAGUACCUACUCUUUGAUUAGUAAUGUAACUUGUUUAAUGAAAUUGUAAGCGAGUACUCCAAUGAUUUGUUCAUUCAGCAUAAGUGUAUUUACGUUUUCUUGGUGAAUCAUAAACUAGCCUCAAAUAGUCCAAAUUUUGAUUUAUGGUGCGUGAUGCCUAGAAAUCCAUUUCCAUAGGAGAUUGAGUACAUACUCACAUUUAAUGAACAAACAAAUGAUAAUGAUAUUUAAAGUAACAGAGUUUCGAGUCACAUCUAAGUCACUGAAACUUAAGCCAACCUUAUGAGAAUAUAGCAAAAUAUACCACUUCAAAAUUAAGUUACUUAAUAGCCAAGUACUACUAACUAAUAGUAAAACAAUAUACUAUUAUAAUAAUAAAUGCAAAAACCUAAUUAAUUUGAACAACCUUAAAAUAGCCCAGAGAAUUGCAGCAAUGCUGUCAAUAAUUAAAUAUAGCUCCAAGAAAAUUAUAAUAGCGUGCAUAAAGAAAAUACCAUCAGUGCUUAACAGUCAACUUCAAAUGUACCAACUAUAAGUGAUACACUAAUUUAGCAAGCACUAGAAAAAAUAUAAGCUUAAAAGUAAUAGAACCUAGGAACCAAUAAUGUACCUAUAAUUGCUAAAAACACCUAAAUUGUUAAUGACAUCUCACCUAUACUCCAAUAAUUACCUUAGUAGUAACUUGAAUCAAUUAAUAUUGCGAAAAGAAGAAUUAAGAUUAAAAGAAAUGGCUAAACUAUCGAGAACUCUAGUGAAAUAUAGCAAAAGAAUUUGGCUUAAACUGAUGAUACUAUGAUUUCCAAAUUGAAAUCGGCUGUAAUGUCUUAUGAUAUUCCACCUCACCUCAUAGCAGUGUCAUUAGGUCUUAAUGUUCAGCUUGUAAGAUUUAUCUAACAUGAAGGACUCCUUAAUCAGCCAAAAUAUGAGAGAAGUUUGUGGCCAUAUAGCUUUAUCAAUCAUAAAUUUAAUAAGAUAACAAAUUAGUGCUUUAAAAGAAUGCCAACUGCAGUGGUGAACUAUUACACUCAAAAUGUGCUUAAGCAUAAGCAUCUUACCUAUGAAGAGAGAGCCUUGGAGUAAUCAAAUAUCUACAGAUUGACCUAUGUAAAUCUGAGAGCUAUUUACAAGCAUCACAACAUUCCAAAGUAGACUUAUAAAGAGAAGAUUAAACAAGAUGUUCCUAAGAAAAUUUCUACUGCAAAACAAAUAGUUUAGUUACUUGCUCUAGAGUUAGCUGAAAUAAAAAUGAACAAUAGAUACCUUUACUACAUUGAUACAGUUUGUAUAAGUUAAAGUGAGUUUCAGAUGAUAAUUUCAAGUGAAGAUGAGACUAAGAGCUCAAUGAGAAAUGAAAAAGUAGAAUCUAAUUUGAGUAAUGUUUGGAUGACUCUAGUAAUAGACAGUCAAGUAGGAUUGAUAGGAUAUUAGAUUUACAAAGAUAAACCUGAUUAGUAGUAAUAUAUUGAGUUUAUAAAUAAAAUGACUGCUAAGUUAAACCAAUACGAGUAGGAUUAUAUAAACUUACUAAUGUAAGAUGCCAGCAAAGAUUUAGCGAGCGAUUAAAAUACUAAUGCAUAAGUUCCCAUAUAACAAUCAGUUAUUAUUCAAUAAAUGAAAGUUACAAAAAAUAUGAAUAAAGAGUAAGAGAGAUCAAUCGAUAAAAUAGCUAAAAAGCAAAGAAGAUGGGUGGUGAUUAAAAAUUCUUUGCUAAAAGACCCAAAGAAACUCAAUGAAUGUCUAAUUCGAGGCAGAUAUAGAAUACUUCCUAUUAUUGAUGAGGAAAUGAACAAAAGACUCAAUAAUGUCACUGGAGUCUGGUAGUAUCUGGCUAAUAUUUGGGAAUUGAAACAAGCUAAGAAGAAUGAAGGAUUCAGGUUGAUGCAAUUGCAGGAGAAAAUAGUUGACUGUCUAGGAGAUAUGAGCAAUAAAGUGGUCAAAGCUAUUGCAAGCACUUUCAACAAUGAGGAAAUCAUAAGUUACAUUGAUGGAGAAAAGAAAAAUAAGAAAAGCAUUGAGUCUAAAGUUUUAAUUGAAUAAUGGUGA